CUCCACUUCCUCAACUCACCUUUUCUCCCCUGGUGCGUCUUCUCUGAGGCUGAGCCUCCCUCCCUUCUGUUUGGUAGAAGCUCUAGACAUUAUUUGGAAUCUGAUUUGGAAAUACAACUUCUACCAGAAUAAUGCUGGCCCAGCUCUUUGAGAUAAUAACGAAAGACUGUUGAAGAGAUAAAGUUGAAGUGAAUAAUGAAAUCCAGGAUCCAAUGAACAGAAUAUUCCACAAAAGAGUGAAAAAUCCAAACUUAAGGAGCAUUACUUUGAGGGAGAGGCAUGGAGACCCUGAAAGCCUAAGAAAGAGAUGGGGAUUGAUGUACUUGUGAGCAAGUCUGCAGCAGCUGACCCACAGUCAAAAGGCUUCCAUGCUGUAUUAGUCCAUUGUCACAGUGCUACAAAGAAAUAUCCAAGACUGGGUAAUAUAAAAAGGAAAAUGUUUCACUGACUCACAAUUCCUCAUUGCUGGAGAGGCCUCAGGAAACUUAUAAUCAUGGCAGAAGGCAAAGGAGAGACCUUCUUCACAGGGCGGCACAACAGGGAAACUGAGGCACAGAGAGGCUAAAUCACUUGCCCAGGAUCUGGAGCCAGGUAAUGACGAUUUUGCUAGUCAUACGGAUGCUUCCUUUUCUUUGCUGCACUCGGAUUCUGAGUUUCACAAGAAUGUACCUGGGUGCCCCUUAGCGGGAUAUGAAAAGCUUCUUCGGAACCCCAUCGGCUGGCUGGUGCCUCCUAGAGACUGACGUCUCAUCUGAAGGGGAUUGGGAGGCUGGGAGCGGGCGCAGAGCACGCAGCGCCAAGCCGCGCGGCGGGGUAGCCUGGAGCGGCAGCCGGGAGCUGAGCAGAAGUCCGCGGCGGACGGGCGACGGCUGGGGCUGAGCUGCUAGAAAGCAAAAAGUAGCUGGGGCCGAAGAAGGGGCAGAACCUGUUGCUGCAACCCGGCUUGGUGGAUUCUGGUUCCCGCCGCCGUCAGGGCUCGCCCGGAGAGGUUCAUCAUGAAUGAGACAUGGGAUUCAAACUCUUCAGAAAACUGGCAUACCAUCUGGAGUCUCAAUGACACAAAGCAUCAUCUGUACUCAGAUAUUAAUAUUACCUAUGUGAACUACUAUCUUCACCAGCCUCAAGUGGCAGCAAUCUUCAUUAUAUCCUACUUUCUAAUUUUCUUUUUGUGCAUGGUGGGAAAUACUGUGGUUUGCUUUAUUGUAAUGAGGAACAAACAUAUGCACACAGUCACUAAUCUCUUCAUCUUAAACCUGGCCAUAAGUGAUUUACUAGUUGGCAUAUUCUGCAUGCCUACAACACUACUGGACAAUAUUAUAGCAGGAUGGCCAUUUGGAAACACAAUGUGCAAGAUCAGUGGAUUGGUCCAGGGAAUAUCUGUGGCAGCUUCAGUCUUUACAUUAGUUGCAAUAGCUAUAGAUAGGUUCCGGUGUGUGGUCUACCCUUUUAAACCAAAACUCACUAUCAAGACAGCCUUUGUCAUUAUUAUGAUCAUCUGGGUCCUAGCCAUCACCAUUAUGUCUCCAUCUGCAGUAAUGUUACAUGUGCAAGAAGAAAAAUAUUACCGAGUGAGACUCAACUCCCAGAAUAAAACCAGUCCGGUCUACUGGUGCCGGGAGGACUGGCCCAAUCAGGAAAUGAGGAAGAUCUACACCACGGUGCUGUUUGCCAACAUCUACCUGGCUCCCCUGUCCCUCAUUGUGGUCAUGUAUGGAAGGAUUGGGAUUUCACUCUUCAGGACUGCAGUUCCCCAGACAGCCAAGCAGAACCAAGAGCAGUGGCACAUGGUGUCCAAGAAGAAACGGAAGGUCAUUAAGAUGCUUCUGAUUGUGGCCCUGCUUUUCAUUCUCUCAUGGCUGCCCCUGUGGACUCUAAUGAUGCUCUCAGACUAUGCUGACCUUUCUCCAAAUGAACUGCAGAUCAUUAACAUCUACAUCUACCCUUUUGCACACUGGCUGGCAUUUGGCAACAGCAGUGUCAACCCCAUCAUUUAUGGUUUCUUCAAUGAGAAUUUCCGCCGUGGUUUCCAAGAAGCUUUCCACCUCCAGCUCUGCCAAAAAAGAGCAAAGCCUAAGGAAGCCUAUGCCCUAAAAGCUAAAAGCCAUGUGAGCAUAAACACAUCUAAUCUGCUUAUCCAGGAAUCUACAUUUCAAAACCCACACGGGGAAAACUUGCUUUAUAGGAAAAGUGCUGAAAAACCCCAACAGGAAUUAGUGAUGGAAAAACUAAAAGAAGCUACCAACAGCAGUGAGAUUUAAAAGAGCUAUUGUGAUAGUCCUAACUCUACUGUGUAUUAGAUAUUUAAAUACCAUUGCUUUUUGUGGCUUUGUGCUUAAAGUUUGUCAGAGAAUGUUCUAAGUGAAACAUUUACUGAAAGCCCUCUCUGCCAAAAAAAAUUAACAAAAAUGGUCAUAAGAUCAUAAACAAUCUUAUGCUUUAUAAAAAUACAUACGGUGACUCAUACAUGUUUGCAUGAAUAAACACAUUUCUAGAUAACA